AUGCGUUCCAACACCCUCACCACCAUUGCCCUCCUCACCGCCACCGCCUCCGCCGGCGUCGUGCCCUCCAUAAAACACGACCCCAUCACCAAGCGCAGUGAAGCAACCUGGGAUAGCAAAGGCAACAUCAAACUCACCUUCUCCAAAGAAACCGUCCAAGUCGGCUCCUUAACCCCCGACGCCAUCAUGGCCGCCAUCGGCCCCAUCUGCCACGAAUCCGGACAAUGCGAAACCAACCCCAUCGAACUCAGCGGCACCCUCACUUCCCCCUCGCGCGUCGACCCCAUCAAAGUAACACUCGGUCCCGACGGCUCCUACCCAACCUGGAUCCGCAACGGCCUCGUUGACAUCCUCGCCCUAGCCGCCAAGGAAAUCGCCAAAUGCGAGGAAGUCACGUAUACGAAUCACUGCUUCGGUACCACGGCUAUGGCGUAUUGCCCGCAGAAGAAGUCAAAGGGGGUCAACUGUGAGGUGCCCAAGUUCUGGGGCAUUAAUUAUCAGGCGCCCGAUGCGCCAAAUGCGGCGCCUCCGAAUGUUGCGGUCGAUAUUGCCAUGGAGAAGGUGGAUCAGAGCCAGUUGUGUGAGGAUAUUAUGGGUGGGCUUGGGACGGUGGCGGGUGUGGUGAAUGGGUAUGCGGGGGAUGUGUUUACGCUGCUUGCUUUUGCUUGUGUUUGA